AUGGCGGUGCGGAGGCAGCUGCUGCAGGUUUUCCAGGAGCCCCGAAUCGGGGGUGCGAUCAUGGUGGAGCGGGCAAGGCCGGAAACAAGAAGCUGGCCCCAAGAACAGCGUAGGGUAGAAACGCUGGGGGCCUUUAGCGACAGCAGCCUAAGAGAGCGGAGUCUCAGGCUGGAGGAGUGUGUACUCUACCAGUGCCAGCGCUGCAACACGGUCCUGGGAGAUUCGCUUCAUCUUUGCGCCCAGGAGGAGAAGAUCGGCCUUAUCGCUUGCCUCAAGGUUACAAAUGAUGUUGUUGUGGAAGAUUCUGUGAUGGUCUGCAUUGAAGGAGACUUCAUGGGAAGCACUUACAAUGUGUUGAACUGUCGGUCAUGUGAACUGGGCAUAGGAAUCAAGCUCUGUUGUUCAACAUCUUUGGCCCAUCUGCGAGGCUUCUUCUGUCUUUUCAAGGAUAGUGUUGUAUGUUACUUGUUAAAAACUAAAACCACAGUCAGAGCAUCAAAGAUGACCUUUCCUACAGUGAGUUUAAAGGAACGUGUCCAAAAGUUAAAAGAAAACCUAGUGCUAGCACACAUGCGUAUAGAUGCGCAGCAUAAGAAACUAGAAGAACAAAACCAGCAGAAAAUUGUAGACAAGAAGCACUGCUACAAACGAAGGCCCUACCCACUUGCACCUGGGCAUCGAAAAAAGAAAUUGAACAACUGACUUGUGGAAUUUUUGCAGGUGCAUAUGACAAUUUGAAACUAUUGUCAUGUAGCUGCUGCUGUGGUUGCUUCUGAAAAUAACGUCUCAGAAUGACCUGUUUCUUUAAUAUAGGAUGCAAGCAAGUAUAUUCACAAUGUGAAUGUGAGCCACUAUGUUGGAAGGUUUUUUUAAGUAUAAACAUUUUAUUCAGUCUUCACAAAAGCAUUUAAAUAUUAAAAUACUGUUCCCGAACCAUCUAUGUAUAUGUAUUGUCUGAGUAAAAUACAAAACUUCUACGUCUCCAUCCCAACCCCUGUGAUAUAUGCAAGAGUUGUGCGGGAGGAGAAAGAAGCACAUCUCUUUUCCCUACCCCACAAUACAGGACUGCUUGGCUGCUGGGAAAAAUGAGGGCUUAUGCUUGUGCCAUGCUCUGUUGCUGCUAGGAUUCUUGAUGCUCCAGGAGGGCAGCAUUCUUGCACUUUCCUUUGUGUCAUUGGAAGGAGAGAAAGAUACAGAUGCCAGUCUUUCUCUGCAGAACUGAAGUUCCUGUGCAUAUACAGAAAGUUGCAUCUUGUGUCUGGGUGCCCUGCUCUCCUAUCUUAUGUGAGAAAAUGAUUAAAAUCAAUGACUAUAUUGAAAUGGAAUGUCUUAGCAAAAGUUUUAAAAGACUUGCCAGACUCCCAGUGUAGGGCUGAGCUUUUCAGAGAAAGAAGUUCUACAGUUGCGAGAA